UUCCACCUCGUGCCAAGCAUUAAUGCUGUGAGUGGCAGCCAGGAGCUGCAGUGGAUGGUUCAGCCUCACUUCCUGGGACCCAGCAGCUACCCCAGGCCUCUGGCCUAUCCCCAGUACAGCUACCCACAGCCCCGGCCAGGAGUCAUCCGGGCCCUGGGGCCACCUCCAGGGGUGCGUCGUCGGCCCUGUGAACAGAUCAGCCCGGAGGAGGAGGAGCGCCGUCGGGUGAGGCGCGAGCGGAACAAGCUCGCCGCGGCCAAGUGCAGGAACCGGAGAAAGGAACUGACCGACUUCCUGCAGGCGGAGACAGACAAGCUGGAGGACGAGAAAUCAGGGCUGCAGCGAGAGAUUGAGGAGUUGCAGAAGCAGAAGGAGCGGCUGGAGCUGGUGCUCGAAGCCCACCGCCCCAUCUGCAAAAUACCGGAAGGAGCCAAGGAGAGCGACACUGGAGGCGCAGGGGGUGCCAGCAGCCCACCAGCCCCCUCCCGCCCUGUGCCUUGUAUCUCCCUUUCCCCGGGGCCUGUGCUUGAACCCGAAGCCUUGCACACCCCCACGCUCAUGACCACACCCUCUCUGACUCCUUUCACACCCAGUCUGGUCUUCACCUACCCUAGUACCCCUGAGCCCUGUUCCUCAGCCCAUCGCAGGAGCAGCAGCAGCAGUGGGGACCCAUCCUCUGACCCCCUCGGCUCCCCCACCCUCCUGGCCUUAUGAGGCACUCUGCCCCCCUCCCUGCAGGUGCCACCCAAGCCAGUAUCUCUUUAUCCAUUGGUCCAGCUGGCCUGGGCUGUAUUCCAUGCUCAACCCCAGCAGGUUCUCCAUCCCUCCAGAUGAGACUGAGCCUAUUUUGCUCCCUGGCAGAACCAGCUUGGGGCCACCAAAGCUGCCCACUGUUUCUCUAGAGCUGGCCUCUCUAGCACAAUUUGCAUUAAAUCAGAGACAAAAUGUUUCCCAUUUGUGCAAGAGAACUGGCAGCCCCAAAGGACUUUAUAGAUCCCUAGAGGUUUUCUGGAACCCUAACCUCCUCCAGACCUCCCCUUAGUCUUCCUUACCCUCUCCCUGUGACCCAUCCAACCCUACCCCUUGACAGAAGGUGAUAUGAUACCAGCCUAGAACACUAACUCAUCCGGCCCCACUGCCAGCAGCACCAGGUGAUUGAACCAGGGCAUUCUGCCGGCCCCUCCAGAAAGACACAGCUCAAGAGGGUGCCAGAGACUUCUGUGAUGAGCUGAACUGCAGCCCCCAGCUCUGAGAAGACUUUAGCUCCGGGGAAUCUAAGCCUCCACUGCAAGGGCAGCUGCUAUUUAUUUUCCUAAAGAGAGUAUUUUUAUAUAAACCUGUCAAAAUGGAAUAAAAGGCUUGAGGCUCUG